CCUGCGGCCACGCUGGAUACGAUUCUAUUGCACCUUUCGCUGCGCGUUUUUCCUUGUUUUUUGCUUGUUUAUCUUAAAGAUAAUAUACAUUUUUGAUAUUAACUAUAAUAAUUGAGAUAUUGUGCGACAACUGAUAUUUAGGAGUAUUAUACAUAUACAAAGAAUAUUUCUUUAAACAAAGUUGAAGUGCCAUGGCUGAAACAGAGACGAAACACGCUGAACCACAUCAUGAUGAGGAUGUGCACGAUUCCAACUACCAAGCACCACCGGAGAAGACCAUCGAAGAGAUAAUGGCUGCCGAUCAGGAGGAUGAGAGCCUGCGAAGAUAUAAGGAGGCACUACUUGGUGCCGCACAGGCCGAGAAGAUUGUUGUCGAUCCUAAUGAUACCCGUAAGGUGAUUGUGAAAAAACUGGCGCUAGUCGUGGAGGGACGUGAUGAUAUGGAAUUGGAUUUAAGUGGCGAUAUUAGUCAGCUCAAAAAGCAGCUCUUUGUGAUCAAGGAAGGUGUUCAAUACAAGGUGCGCAUUGAUUUUAUUGUGCAACGCGAAAUCGUUCAUGGCCUCAAGUAUGUGCAGAAGACCUAUCGCAUGGGUGUGCCUGUGGACAAGAUGACGCAUAUGGUUGGCUCCUAUCCGCCCAAGAAGGAAAUCCAAUUCUAUUUGACGCCAGCUGAAGAGGCGCCCUCGGGCAUGGUCUCGCGUGGCACUUACUCUGUCUCGUCUGUGUUCACGGAUGAUGAUAAGCACAUACACUUGAAGUGGGAUUGGACCUUUGAGAUCAAGAAGGACUGGGCAUAAGACACCGCACACACACAUGUACAUCUUGAAACACUCAGACUCACACACACACGCAAACACACAAAAAACAACCUCCACAUCCGCAAGGAAACACACACAACAUUGUUGUACCAAAAUUUAUGUAAAUUACUUUUGCAAGAAUUCUUUGUAAAUGUUACCCAAAAUUCCCGAAAAUUUGUCAAGUAUUUUUGUUAACGGUAUUAAUCAAAAUAUUUUUGUAUUUUAACAAAUUUGUAAAUGAGACCACGAAAAGUAUUUUUGAUACUAUAUUAACUUGAGUGUGUGUUGAUGAAAAGCAAUUUUCGACUAUAUUUCUAUACAUAUAUGUAAACAUAAGUCAAACAGUCGUCAUCAGUCAAGUCAGUCGUAAUCAGUCAGUCAGUCAGUCAAUCAAUCGAUCUAUCAGUUAGCCAUUCAGUUGUACCGCUACACUCAGUCACUUUGAUAUGCCAUUGGAUAUGUAUAACAUAAAUUUGCGAAACUGAUUUAAUGAUAAACAAAAUAAACUUUAAGAAAGUUUUGUGCAUUUUGCCUUGUAUUUAACAUAAUUAAUGUCCCCCAUUUUUGAUUUGUAUUUGUAUGUAAGAAUUCAAUUUAAAAUUUAAUACCAAUGUCCAAAGAUGUAUUCAUUGCAGACACAUCUUUAUAAUAAUAAUGAAUGUAUUGCAAGUGUAAUUGUUGAGAGCAUUUUGAUCUAAUGAUUAAUGAUUAAUGUAAAACUUACAAAAUAAAUAAAAUGCUACACUCUGUACUCGUAUUCUAA